AUGUGUUUCCUCUUCUCGGUAUCCUAUGUUUUCGGCGUCUUCUUCGUCUCGAUCCUCGGCAGCAAACUCCUGCAUUUAUGGACGCAUUUCUUCACGGUCCCGUUAACAGCCUUCAUUCUCUACCUACCGACAUUCUUCCUCUUCGAUUUAUUGGCGAUAUGUAUAGGAAGGCUUUUGUUGAGUCAGUCCAGGACACCGUGGGCAUGGAUCGGAAGCCUUUUCGGAAGCAUAGUUACACUCAUUUCUAUCGGCGGUUCUGCGUCACAGCUUGGAUUCUUUGUUAAGACUGGAGGAGAGCUCGAUUGGCGCGAUGCGACAGCCUACGCAACCAGCAAGGAGGGCCUCAAGGUUCUUUUCAGCGGCAGCGAGGCUGUGAUAGCUUGUGGAAUCGGUCUGGUCAUCAUCGCCAUGCCCAUUCAUGGCAUUGUUUACCGCGCAUUUGGUGCCUUCUUGGGCGCAAUCGGCGAAAACAUUCUCUCAGUCUACAGCUAUUUCCGAAGCCUUCGCAUGCGAAUCCCCGGUCUUCAGCGCGGCAAGUACUCCGCCCUGAAUAAUGCCGAUGCCGAUCUCGAAUCGUCGACCGAUACAUACUCUAUGGAUGAGGACCUCCGAUCUAGCGCCGAAACCCCUUCGCGACUUGGUGGUGAGAAGCUUGCGUCCGCCCGUGGAAAGAUUGCCCGCUUCUUUUCUCGUGUCCCAUUCUUCUCGUGGCUGUGGAAGGUUGCUCUUGCGCUUUUCCUCGGCCUUACGCUCAUCCUGCGACCUGCCAAGCCGUACGAUUUCUUGUCAGUCACGCUCCCCGUGUCCAUGCUCGAUGUCUUCGCACCCGAACCCGAUUUCUGUGCAUCGCAGCGCGAGCUUGUCAUGAACAACUUCCCUUUCCCUGAGCUUCUCAACGCUUCGUCUUGGAAGCAACCCGAGGGCGAUUACUCCAAGGGUUGGGCACCUCUGGCCGACAAGUCGAUGAGCCCUCUCGCUGAGGCCUACCGAAACCAGACCGUCGAUUGGUUGCCUAAGGAGGGACAGCUUCCCCGUGGCUUCUUCCGCUAUGACCCCAAGCGCUUCAAGAACGGCUACCAUGGCUCGCUUGCUGACCCCAGCGCUCUAAUCACCGACCACAAGUGCCCUCAAGUAACUUUUGCGGAGAAGGAUCCCUACUACAACCCCGUGAACGACCCUCUGAAGAUCACCAACCUCGACAACGACAUCCUGCCGACUCUCAAGGAGGCGCUUGGAAAUGGCGACGUCAAGAUCAAGCACGUCGUCUUCAUUCUGAUGGAGAGUCUUCGUCAAGAUCUCUGGCCGCUCCAGCAAGGCUCUCACACCCAUAGCUUGAUCAUGGACCUCAACAAGAGCGACAAGGAAAAGGAGGACGCUAACGAAAGGCUGUCUUGGAUGAUGCCCCAUAUCGAGAAGAUCACCGGUUUGUCUCAAGGGUUCACCGACAAGGACGGCAAGCCAUACGCAAAGCCUAACUACACAUGGGUCGACCAAGCGGAAGAGGGCUUUGGUGGUAUCAAUGUCGCGACCGCCUACACCGCUGCUACCAUGUCUACCAAGAGCUACUGCGCCAACCACUGCGGUGCCUAUCCCAUGCCCGUCGAGAAGUUUGCCGAAGCCGACAGCGACAGCUACCAGCCUUGCAUUCCCCAGAUUCUCAGCAUGAUGAACAAGGUCAAGGAGAACACCUCCUCCUCCGACGCUGAUUACCGCGACUUGCAGUGGAAGACCGCCCUAUUCGAAGCCGAGAUUGAGCAGUAUGAUCGUCAGGAGAAGUUCGACGCUAAACUGGGCUUUGAGCACAUCAUCACCAAGAAGGAGCUCGAAGCCGAUUGGCGAUUCAACGAGUCCGAUGUUCUAUACCACAAGAUCAACUACUUCGCAUACCCCGAGCCUAUUCUUAUGCCGUACCUCAAGGACUUCAUACACAACACCACCAACAACAACCAGCGCAUGUGGUUGACUCACUUUACUAGUACCACUCACCACGCCUGGGGGCUUCCAGAGGGCUACCCUUACCACGAUUACGUGUCGCACACUGGCAUGAACAGCCAGCACGACAACUUCAACAAGUACCUGAACACUAUUCGCUACCACGAUGGGUGGAUGGCAAGCUUGAUGAAUCUUCUUGAUGAACAGGGUAUCUCUAACGAGACUCUUGUCGUCUUUGCUGGUGAUCACGGACACUCAUUCAAGGAUGACGCUGGCAAGGAGGGCACCUACGAGAACCAGUUCAUCUCCAACUACCGAGUCGGCCUGACCUUCCGACACCCUCACCUCCCUCGUGUGCAGUACGACGCCAACACCACCACUAUCUCUAUCCUACCGACCAUCCUCGACCUCCUCAUCAACAGUGGCUCCCUCAACGACAAGGAUACCCACAUCGCCUCCGAUCUCGUACAAGACUAUGAGGGCCAGUCUCUCAUCCGACCCUACAAGAAGUCCGACGGCGACCGACGCGCAUGGACUUUCUCCGUCGUCAACUCUGGUGCUGGUAUGCUUGGUGUCACCUCCGCCGAUGUGCCCUGGAGGUUGGUCAUUCCCCUUAACAAGGUCAUUGAGUACCGGGUGACCGAUGCUGUCAACGACCCUAUGGAGUUGAAGCCUGCUGCUGCGUGGUCUCCAGAGGAACUCGGGCCCGUUGUCCAGACCGCGUUCGGCGACGAGGCUGCUGCAUGGGCCGCCGAGGCUAUCCCCAUAGCACAGUGGUGGGUUCUUGAGCGUCAACGUUUGUGGCGCUAUCACUCUUUGUCAUCAUAG